AUGGAUUUACCUUCCGUCGUAAGAGCCGUCCGAGGAUUAAUUUUUCUGGCAGUUCCUGCGUACAAGUCAUACUGUCUCAUCCGCCUGCUGUGCAAUGAAUAUCAGGAAGACGAUGAAAUGCCCACGGAUCUGGCAGCGAGAAUUCAGGACGCAAGUGCCUUCUGGAUAGCCUUCGCUCUCUCUAUGGCAGCGGAGUAUGUCCUUGAUCAGUUUUUCUUAUGGGUUCCCUACUAUGAACUGUUUAAGUCACUAUACUUCUACUGGUUGGGUCAACAUGACUUUUCGUGUGCGCUUCUCUUGUACCGUGUGUUCAUAUGUCCUCCACUGCAGGACUCGUACGCAAAGAUCCAGAAAAAGAUCGCAUCUCCCUUUGAAGCGCUGGAAUGGGUAAAGGCAGAGGUCGCCAAGAAAGUCACGAAGUUUACGCCAUCUGAGGCCGCAACGUGA